AUGAAAUUGCUAUCUAGUAUUUAUCUAUCGAUAUUUAUUCAUCAAUUACGAACAAUACUUGUUGUCGUAGCAAAAGAAACAUGUACAAUGGCAAAAUUUGUUUGUUAUCAUUGUGAUUCACGUGUUGAUGAUUAUUGUGGUGAUCCAUUUAAAGUUAAUCGUGCUAAUCGAACAGUUGAAUGUUCGGAUUAUUGCGUAAAAUUUUUUCAUUUCGAUAACAUAUCAACAAAUCAAACAUUUAUACGACGUGGUUGUUUAACUGAUUAUUUUCUAUAUCGUUUAUCAAAAAUCGAUGUUUGUUAUCGACAUACAACUGGAUCAAAUUUUACAAUUGGACGGUUUUGUAUGUGUGCCAAAGAAAUGUGUAAUCGAGCUUCAUUUGAUAAAACUACUUCAUCUUAUUUUAUUAUUCUUAUUAUUUUUCAACUGAUAAUAUUAAUUGGACUUAAAAGGAUAUUCUCCUAG